AAAAUACAAAAUCAAUCAAAAAAGGAGAAAAAAUAACAUAUGUUAAUAGCAUAUUUAUUGGAAAGGAUUUGAAACAAGUUUUUUGGAAACAACAGCAGCCAUAAAAGGCAAUCAGCAUCAAUAGAAGCAACAAUAGCAACAUAAAACAAAUGGCUGAGGAGGAGCUCUUUGGCGAUUUACAGGAUAUUAUCAACGCUAGCUUUGAGGGGGCGAACGGAGUGAACAACAUGCCGCAGGUAUUCCCACAGUCCACCUCGCUGCCAGUGCUGCCAUCGCAUAUGCCAUUACAACCGCAACCAACACCACAGCAGACCGCUAAUCCCAGACCCCGCAUUCGCAUUGUCGAGGAGCCGACGAAUAAUAUUAUUCGAUUUCGUUAUAAAUGCGAGGGUCGUACUGCCGGCUCCAUAGCUGGCAUGAAUUCCAGUCCAGAGUCGGGCAAAACAUUUCCCACCAUCGAGAUAGUCGACUAUAAGGGUCCUGUGGUCGUGGUUGUCUCAUGCGUUACGAAAGAUGAGCCCUAUCGACAGCAUCCCCAUUGGCUGGUCAGUAAGGAUGAGGCCGAGAAUUGUAAAUCGGGUGUCUAUAGCAAACGUUUGCCGCCAGAGGAGCGACGACUGGUCCUGCAGAAAGUUGGCAUUCAGUGUGUUAAGAAGACAGAAGUGCGUAACUCAUUGCUGGAAAGGGAACAAAGAAAUGUUGAUCCAUAUCGAGCUAAAUUUGAUCAUAAAGACAACAUUGGAAGCAUUAAUCUGUAUGAGCUGCGUCUCUGCUAUCAGGCCUUUAUCACAGUGGGCAAUAGCAAGGUGCCUCUCGAUCCAGUUGUCUCCUCACCCAUUUAUGGUAAGAGCAAUGAGUUGACCAUUACCCGGCUAUGCAGCUGUGCGGCCAAAGUCAGUGGAGGGGAUGAGAUAAUCAUGCUGUGUGAGAAAAUUGCCAAGGAUGAUAUACAAAUUAGAUUCUUUGAGACAAAUGAUGAUGGGGUUGAGGUAUGGGAAGCCUACGCUGAAUUCCAACAGACGGAUAUCUUUAAACAAAUGGCCAUAGCCUUUAAGACGCCACGUUAUCGGAAUACAGAAAUAACACACUGUGUGAAUGUUGAACUUCAGUUGGUACGUCCAUCGGAUAGAGCCACCAGCGCCGCUUUGCAUUUCGAGUAUUAUCCAAAUCCAGGUAUGCUAACAUUUGCUCGACUUCAGCGUAAAUUGAAACGUAAGCAGGACAUGGAUGUGUUCCAGCAAAUAUUAUCGCUAGAUAGUGAGACAACGGCUACGAAAUACUCAUGUCCUCCGGUAGAUCUAAAUGAGGAUGAGAAUAAUACAGUGUCCUCGGAUGAGCAACAGAGUUCGGGUACUCUGAAUGAGUUCGAGAUUGCGGUUAAGAAAUUGCAAUUCCAACAUCGUGGCGAAUCCAAUGAGGGUGAGGCCACGGUUACAGAGUAUACCGAUGGCCUGGAUAAUGAUAAUGAACCAGAGCCAGAUAUGGAAAUUGAACUGGAGGUGCCACAAUUGUUGCCCCAAUUGGCCGAUGAUUGUACCCAGACAUCGACGCCCAUGGAGGAGAUACUACAGCAUCCGCAAUUACAGCCCAGGGCAUUGAGUAAUGUGGACAAGAUCAAUGAGUGGAUGAAGAGUAGUGAAUUCGAGAGAACCGAUAGUUUGACUGUGGAGAAUGGGGAUACACAGAGUCUCUCGAAUAGCACGGCCCAAACGGCCUUCACCAAUGUUAGCAGUAUGACUGCAAAUACCACCAUAACGAAUCAACUGGAUGAAGAAGUGAACGACGACGACGACAAUGAAAAGAAGGCUUCGCGUCGUGAUACACUCGAGAAUCCGGCUGUUAAGGAUUUACCCGAAACCGAACUGGUAACGGCCAGUGCCCAGGCAUCGGUGGAUAUCGAUGAGAAUUUCGAUGAGACAGCUACCUAUACUAGUCUGAAAAUGGCCUACAAUAAUCCCAUUGAGUUACCCAAAGAGGAUGGGCCGCAAUAUCAUGUGACCAAUCCGUUUAGUCAAAUGGAUGAUGAGGAAUUGGUGGUGCUAACUAAUCCACCGGCACCGCGCAUCAAAGUAAAUGCAGCCCAGACACCGGCAACACCUCCCUCACCACAGCUACCGCUACCGCUGCCACCGCGCACUCCCUCACCCGAUCCAGAGAAUAGAUUGCCUCCUCUGCCACCGAAACCCAAACGCAAUUCCCAGGAUCUUAGCGUGAGUGAGCAUAGCAAUGCCAGCAAUUCCAUAUCAAUCAGUCGUUCGCGCAAUGGCAGCGUCAGUUCCAAUCGGACAACUCCCUCGCCCAUUGUCAUAAUGCGCACACCUGAUCAGAGUCCCACCAAGCGAUUGCCAGCAUCUACUCCCAGUGCGUCGCCCAAAAAGAGGCAAGGUUUCUUUUCACGUUUCUUCUCGCGACGCAAGAGCAAGACCGACGAUGAAGACUCACAAGCCGGCAAUAGUUCAAAUAAAUUGUCGGCCGCAGGUUCAUCCAAUGCCACGACUCCGACAACAAGUCGAGAGCCAAGUGUCACACACUUCUCUCUGGCCGAUCCCAAUCGCUGCUCCUCGCGAUCGAUGCAGGUGCCCAGCAAUACGAAUCGUAGUGGUCGUCCUGUUGGUCGUAGUUCAAGUAGCGUUUCGGGUAAACGUCCUGCCCAUCUGGAUGCGGAUGUCAUUCAUAUACCCCUCAAGGGUGGCGACAGUGAGAACAGUUUACUCCGUCCAGAGACCUAUUCGACCACCAGCACCUUGAGCUACGGUCGACCCCUAGACCGCAAGACACUGAGCACUCUCCAGCUGGCCGAUAUACCCAUUAGUGAUGGCAAUAUGGAAUUGGUGGCCAUAGCAGAUCGUCAGAGUAUUAAGAAUCUCUGCGAAGGAGCCUACGGUGUUGUAUUGGAUCCCAGUGUGGAUUUAUCCGAAGCCGAACAUUUCGCAUUGUAUACGAGCAAAUCGCCAGAGCCACCAUUCGGCAAUGGAGAUGAUCAGCAAGCUGGUGGUGAGGUAGAGACAGCCGAGUACUUGAGUGCCGAUGAAAUAGCCAGGCGUCUUGCCGAGGCCAAUGGGCUAACUGAUUAAGCCACUGGGGACACUUUCAUUUACAGGAAUAACACAAAAAAAACUUACUUAUAGUAUUUAUAUAGCUAGGCCACAUACCACUUUCUUCUAGUCGUUUCUAUUAUGUUUUUUUCAGUAUUAUAUGAUAAUCUAUGUAUACACACACACACCAUAUAUAUACAUAUUAUGCACAGAUUAUUUCUAAUCUUGACACGAUAUCUCUAU